AACAAUCUCUCCACCGAACCGUUACACAGUCCACAGAGAUUUAGGCCCCAACCCCACACAACUCCAAGUAUAUAUAAAACACACACAUUACACACAUAAUCUCUUGAAACAUCAAUGGAGCUUCAAACAGGCUUCCCUCUCCUCCUCCAACAAUUCAAAUCCUUAUUCUACAAGAACUUUCUUUUAUCAUGGCGCAGCAAACGAGCCACAUUUCUCCAGCUCUUCUCUUCCUUCUUCUUCAUCUUCCUCAUCUACGCUAUCCAAGAGGCUAUUCAAGCCAGUUUCGAUUCUUCUACCAAUUAUGAUGACGUGUUUGAUCCCAAAGCGGUGAGCUGGUAUCCGAUUCCGCCGUGUGAAGAUAAAUUUUUCGUCAAGUUACCGUGUUAUGACUUCGUGUGGAGUGGGAAUGACAAUGAUCGUAUACGAUCGAUUGUUAGUCGGAUCAUGAUUAAUAAUCCCGGUCGCGCCAUUCCUCCUAAUAAGGUUUUAUCAUUUAGAAAUACCAGUGAUGUGGAUGAGUGGCUUUUGAGUAAUCCUAUGCACUGCCCAGGUGCUCUGCAUUUUGUGGAGAGAAAUGCUACUGUAAUAAGUUAUGGCAUACAGACUAAUUCAACACCGGCUGCCAAGAGAGGGAACUAUGAAGAUCCGACACUGAAAUUUCAGAUACCACUUCAAUUAGCUGCAGAGCGUGAAAUAGCUAGAUCGUUGUUAAAGGAUCCUGACUUCAGCUGGAUGGUUAGUCUUAAGGAAUUUGCACACCCCGCUAUUGAUAAUUUUUCUGCUGUGGCUUCCAUUGGACCAACCUUUUUCCUAGCAAUUGCCAUGUUUGGUUUUGUGUUUCAAAUUACUUCAUUGAUCACCGAAAAAGAACUUAAACUUCUACAGGCAUUGACAAUGAUGGGUCUAUACGACACUGCAUACUGGUUAUCAUGGUUUUGGUCCGAGGGUAUCAUUGCAGCCUUGUCAUCUCUAUUCACGGUUCUCUUCGGGAUGAUGUUCCAGUUCGACUUUUUUUUGAACAACAACUUUGCAGUUCUUUACCUCUUGUUCUUUCUUUUCCAAUUAAACAUGAUUGGGUUUGCAUUCAUGAUAUCAGCUUUCAUUACCAAGUCAUCUUCAUCAACAACUGUGGGGUUUUCUGUUUUUAUCAUUGGGUUUCUUACUCAGAUUGUAACAGCAUUUGGAUUUCCUUACGCAACUAGAUUCUCCAAUACCUACCGGAUCAUUUGGGCAUUUUUCCCACCUAAUCUUCUUGCUGAAGGUCUUCAGUUACUUGCUAGAGCAACUUCCACUCCGGGGGAUCCUGGAAUCAGCUGGAGCGGAAGAACAAGAUGUGUCGCAGAUGAUGACGAUGAUACAGAAUGUUUGAUCUCAAUCAAUGAUAUAUAUAAAUGGCUCAUAUUCACUUGUGCUUUGUGGUUUCUUCUGGCUAUUUACUUCGACAACAUAAUCCCAAAAUCUGGCGUUAGAAAAUCAGUGUUUUACUUUUUGAACCCUGGGUACUGGACAGGAAGAGGUGAAAACAAAUUGCGAGAGGGUGGUCUCUGUAGUUGCAAUAGCUCUGUUCCUCUGCCAGAGCACGAGGCUCCAGAUGAUGAGGAUGUACUUAAUGAGGAAAACAUUGUAAAACGGCAAGCAACAGAUGGUUUGCUUGAUCCAUCUAUUGCAGUUCAGAUACGUGGCCUUGUAAAGACAUACCCUGGAACAACCAAGAUCGGUUGCUGUAAAUGCAAGAGAAAUUCAUCUUACCAUGCACUCAAGGGUUUAUGGGUGAACUUUGCUAAGGACCAACUAUUUUGUCUUCUUGGACCUAAUGGAGCUGGAAAAACGACGGCGAUCAAUUGCUUGACUGGAAUUACGCCUGUCACCAGUGGAGAUGCACUUAUAUAUGGUAAUUCCAUUCGGAACUCUGUUGGCAUGUCAAAUAUCCAAAAAAUGAUAGGAGUCUGUCCCCAGUUCGAUAUUCUUUGGGAUGCGCUGUCUGGUCAAGAACAUCUCUACCUCUUUGCAAGUAUUAAGGGUCUGCCAUCGGCUUCGCUUAAGAUGGUGGUGCAGCAAUCACUGGAAGAGGUUAGACUUACUGAGGCGGCUAAAGUGAGAGCAGGUAGCUAUAGUGGAGGAAUGAAACGCCGUCUUAGUGUUGCAAUAGCACUAAUUGGUCAACCAAAACUAGUCAUCUUGGACGAGCCAACCACCGGUAUGGAUCCAAUAACUCGACGGCAUGUGUGGGACAUUAUUGAGAACGCAAAAAAAGGACGAGCAAUUGUCUUAACUACACAUUCGAUGGAGGAAGCUGAUAUAUUAAGUGACCGUAUAGGAAUCAUGGCCAAGGGUAGGCUCCGAUGUAUUGGGACGUCGAUCAGGUUGAAGUCACGGUUUGGAACUGGUUUUAUUGCUAAUGUUAGCUUCUCAGAAACCAACCAAGGAACUUCAACAGGACCCGAUACUUCUACAACUAUGUUUCACGAGGCAGUGAAACAGUUCUUUAGUCAUAAUCUGAAUGUGAAACCGAAAGAAGAGAACAAGUCCUUUCUGACCUUUGUGAUCCCCCAUGACAAGGAGAAGCUAUUGACAAAUUUCUUUGCGGAGCUUGAAGAUAGGAAGAGUGAAUUUGGUAUUGCUGACUUGCAACUUGGGCUUACAACGCUAGAAGAAGUUUUCUUGAACAUUGCAAAGCAGGCAGAGCUGGAAAGUGCUGCAGCUGAGGGAAGGUUCACCACUUUAUCCUUACCUUCAGGAACUUCAGUACAAAUACCAAUAGGAGCUAGAUUUAUUGGGAUACCAGGAACAGAGUCAGCAGAAAAUCCUAGAGGUGUCAUGGUAGAAGUAUAUUGGGAGCAAGAUGAUUCCGGAAGCCUUUGUAUCUCUGGAAACUCACCAGAAACUCCUGUACCGCAGCAUGUUAAUGCUGAACCAAUGGCUCCUUCCAGAGCCAGUACAAAUAGAGUCUUCUUAGGACGAGAAGGACCGGUUUAUGGAAAUGUGAUUCAUCCUAUGGAAAUUGGCACUUCAAAUCCUUAGUGAUAAGUUUGGUAGUCCAAAUUACAAGAGUGCCAAGAAUAGUGAAUAUCGUAGAUCUAUAUGGAUUAUGGAGCAUUGAGAAUGAGGAUGGGGAGUUAUAUAAGUAAAAAGAAGGAAGAAAAAUAUAGUGAAUGUAUACUAGAAACUUAAUACAACAAUGAUACUCUUCUGUAGUAAAAUUUUGGAUAUAGUUUUACCUGGCUCGAGCCGGACUGUCUGGGAAAUUAUCUGGAGUAUAAUGCAGUCUUACAAUAUAUCGUGACAAUUGAAGCCACUUGGUGGAACAGUGUAACAAACGAUGACAAUCCUAGACAUUUUCUGGCAUUGAUCA